AAAAAUCAUUCUUUUCUUGCCUCGCUCCAUCAUACGGUGUUCACCGGUCAAUUCCAUUGUACUGGUUGUGACGAAUGGACAAACAAAUGGAGUGCAUUGAGAUCAACAUUCCAACAAGUACACAUGCUAAACCUGAGCUGCAUGAGACGGACACAAAAUUUGGAGCCAAAGAAAUUUGGGUUCAGAUUCAGAGUGUGUGGGAAUUUUGCAAGGAAGACACCGGCAGAGAAAUAUUUGCACUCAAAGUUGGGAUAACCGUUCUCCUUGUGUCUUUGUUCGUAUUAUUUGAAGCCCCAUAUCAAGUCUUCGGCUCCAAUAUCAUAUGGGCUAUUCUCACUGCUAUCAUUGUCUUUGAGGACACCGUUGGAGCAACGUUUAAUCGAGGAUUUAACCGAGCAGUAGGAACAUUGGUGGCUGUAAUCUUGGCCGUGGUGGUUGCUGAGACAGCACUGUCGUGUGGCCAUGUCGCUGAGCCUAUUAUCCUUGGCCUGAGCAUGUUCAUGAUCGCGGUGAUAACAUCAUACAUGAAAAUGUGGGGAGCACUUGUGCAGUAUGAGUACGGGUUUAGGGUGACACUGAUGACGUAUUGCUUGAUCGUAGUUUCUGACUAUAGAAUUGGUAACCCAGUUAGGACUAUGAUCGAUCGCCUCUACUCAAUCGCCAUUGGAGGAAUGAUAUCAGUGUUAGUCAAUGUCUCUAUUUUCCCUAUAUGGGCUGGGGACCAACUGCAUAAAGAGUUGGUCAAAAACUUCCAUUUGGUGGCAGAUUCUUUUGAGGAAUGCACCAAGAAAUAUUUGGAAGAUGCAUCGGAGAAAUCAAAAUUCACCAUGUCAAGCAUAGAUGCAUUUCAUGAAGAAGGCGCUUAUAUGAGAUGCCAAAGCACCUUGGAUUCAGGAUCAAGGUUUCAGACUCUGGCUCAAUCAGCAAAAUGGGAGCCACCGCAUGGUAAAUUCAUGCACAUUUCAUAUCCAUGGUUACAAUAUGUGAAAGUUGGGGCAGUUCUGCGACACUGUGCCUACGAAGUUAUGGCACUCCAUAGCAUUGCACACGCUAAAAUUCAGGUACCCUACAAAUUGAGGGUUGGGCUUGAAUCAGAAGUUGAAGAAGCAUCAAAGGAAGCUGCAGAAGUAGUAAGAAUUUUGGGAAGAGACAUCAGCCACAUGCAGUGGAGUGUGAAAGAUUCCCACGUUAAAAGGCUUCAUAACAGUAUCAAGAGAUUGCAGAGUUGUAUGUGCUUCCAAUAUUCUUAUAUGCUGGCAUCAACCUUUGAUAACCCUUCAAAGUCCUUUGCAAACAUUUCACACAUGUUCUACCAUUUACCAUAUCAGAGGGAGAUGAUGGAAGAAGAAGUUGAAUGUUACCAUCACAUGACAGGGAAGCAAUUGAGAAGGUUAUAUUCUUGGCCACCAAGAGAAGCAGAUGCUUUUGAAGACAUCAAGUUAGAAGAAAGUACAGCAAUGUUGUCAUUCACUAACUUUGCUUCCUCUCUCAUGGAGUUUGUGGCAAGAGUUGAACAUUUGGUAGAGGCUGUUCAUGAGUUAUCCAAGAUGGCCAAAUUCAAGUCUGCUUUGUAA